UUUGCCGAAUUGGGAAAACUCACAUCACUCGAGCAAAUCCCCAUUUCUUCGAUCCCUCCCAACUCUUCCCCUCAAAUCCUAACCUCCCGAUUUGCAAUUGCAGCAGCUAAGACUCUCAAAUGAAGAACAAGAAGGGCUUCAAUCUCAAUCUGGGGAUAUUAUUGCCUAUUCACAAUCCAACGCGUUUCGCUUCAGCUUUAGCUUCAGGUAUUUUCUCUCGUCUCGGUUUCACACUUGUUCCUCUUUCUUCCCAUCGUCCUUUUGGAACUCACUCUUUGGUAAAUUGCUGGAAUAUUAGUAAGGUUAACGAUGCGCUUAAUAUGUUCGAUCAAAUGUCCCGAACAAUGCCUUUUCCUAGCGUCAAAGAAUUCACUAAAUUGCUGUCCUCCGUGGUCAAGUUGAAAGAGUAUAAUGUUGCCAUUUCCCUUUUCAAGGAUAUGCUUUAUUUGGGGAUUCCAGUAGACAGUUGUACCCUCAAUGUUGCCAUCAAUAGUUACUGCUCAUCGCAUCAUACUGAUUGUGGAUUUUCUAUUCUGGGUUGGUUCUUUAAGCUUGGUCGGGUACCCUAUGAGCAAACAUUCAAUCCAUUAGUGAAGGGUUUGUUUAGAGAAGACAGGAUUAAUGAGGCACAAAUCUUGUUUAAAAGAAUAGUAAGAGAGAGGUUGUGUGAGACCGAAGUGGUUUUAUAUAGGUGCGUAGUAGAUGGACUUUGCAAAGUAGGAAGAACCGCGGAAGCUCUUGAACUGAUCGACGAAAGGGAGAAAUGUGGUUUUCCAGCAGACAAGCAUAUGCUAAACAACUUCAUUCACAGUUUGUGCAGUAAUGGAAAUAUUGAUGAUGCGUUCAAGAUAUUCUAUGAGAUGCCUAUGAGAGGUGUCUUUCCCAAUAUUUUCACCUACAAUUCUUUGAUUUUGGGAUUAUGUAAGUUGAAUCGAUGGGACGAAGUGAAAUUGAUGCUCAAGGAGAUGAUAGGUUGCAAAAUCUAUCCGGAUGUUAUCACAUUUAAUACAUUGAUUAAUGUGUUAUGCAAGAAAGGUUUGAUGGAUCUGGCAGAGGAUGUGCUUGAUGUCAUGAAGCGGAAAGAUGUGGAUCCUGAUGUUGUUUCAUAUAAUGAAUUGAUGGAUGGAUAUUGCUUGCACGGACGAAUGGAUGACGCUAAAAAAGUUUUUGAUUCAAUGGCUUGCUGGAAUAUAUCUCCGAAUGUUUACAGCUACAAUAUUCUAAUUCAUGGGUAUUGCAUGGUGAGCAAUAUGAAAGAAGCUAAGCGUGUAUAUAAGGAGAUGUUGCACAAUAAUGUGAAGCCAGAUCGGGUUACAUAUACUGUUUUCUUGAAGCAGUUGUUUCAUGCACAUAGAUAUGCAGCUGCAAUGCGACUUUUUGAUGAAUCGAGGAUGGCUGGGGUAAAGCCUAAUUUUUAUACCUAUUGUGUCAUGUUAUAUGGUCUAUGCCUGUGUGGGAAAGUUGAAGAAGCAUUAGAGUUCCUACGUGUAUUGGAGCAUAAUGGUGUAUCUCUCUAUAAUAAUUACUACAAUAUUGUGAUGAUUGGGUUGUGCAAUUCGAAGAAUCUUGAUAUGGCUUGCGAUGUGUUUAACAAUCUCCAUUAUAGGGGCUUGGAACCAGAUAUUGUAACUUAUAGUAUAUUGAUACGAGGAUGUUGUGACUAUGGAUUGCUCGAGAAAGCUGAAACUUUUCUUUCAAAAAUGAAGCAAGACAAAUUAAUGCCAGAUGCCGUCAUCUGUAAUACUAUCAUUAGAGGAAUCAUGUUGCAUGGUGAAUAUGAUGAUGCAGUAGCAGUUUGUGAAGAAAUGUAUGCAAAAGGAUUCUCCCUCGAUUCAUCUACGGUUGCAUUGCUGCUCAGUUCGAGGGAUUUUCAUGCCACUCUUUAUAAAAUAGUUCGUAAGUUUGGUUCGAGUAUUCUUAAACAAAGUUUUCAAGGAGGUAAGAAAGUGUUUGUUCCUCCUGGUGCACAUUUGCUGAGAAACUAGUAAUUAUUUGUUUGUUUUUGUUGUCCUGUGAUUUAUGAAUGCAUUUGGAAUGUUAUUAAUGUGUAGUUAUUUAGUCUCGUGAAAAAUUGUUUCUUAAGCCCAUUUUUACUAAUUACA